UCCCACGAGAGGCGGUUGUAUCCAAUCUCCCCCCUCACGCUAAUCUCUCUGCCGCCCGCUCGCCUCGCUUUCCUUCUCUCCCAACCCAAAUCCGACUCGGAGGCGCCGCCGCUCGAGAUCCAUCCCUUCGUCUCCCAAGAUGGAGACGCAGAACUCCGAGUCAGCUCAAAUUAUUGAAGUAGACAUGGAUGUGCCUCCCGGGGUUUCUGGCCUAGGCGGGAACAAGAUUUGCGGGGGUGCAGCUUGUGAUUUUUCUGAUAUCAGAAGCAGUUCACAUGAUGCCAAAGAGCGAUCUGCCUCGAUGAGGAAACUUAUGGUUGCUGUUAUCCUUUGUGUCGUAUUCAUGGGCGUCGAAGUGGCUGGAGGUGUUGCAGCAAACAGUCUUGCAAUCUUAACUGAUGCUGCUCAUCUCCUCUCCGAUGUUGCCGCUUUCGCUAUCUCCUUAUUCUCGCUCUGGGCAUCUGGAUGGGAGGCAACACCACAGCAAUCAUAUGGCUUUUUCCGAAUAGAGAUUCUUGGAACAUUGGUCUCCAUUCAGAUGAUAUGGCUUUUAGCUGGCAUACUGGUUUAUGAAGCUAUUGACAGAAUCAUACAUGACAACGGUGAGGUCCAAGGCAAACUGAUGUUUGCUGUUGCAGCAUUUGGCUUGUUGGUGAACAUUAUAAUGGCUGCCGUGCUGGGUCAUGAGCACGGCCAUGGACACGGUGGACACAGUCACGGCCACACCAAGGCCGACCAUGACCACUCUCAGCAUGAUGCUGACCACCGUCACAACCACUUACAUGGUGCAGAGCAUACUCGUUGUCAUGGCAUUUCUGUCACAACCCAUCACCACCACCACCAUCAUCAUCAUACAGGUGAGGAGAAGAUCCCACUUUUAGGAGACGUCGAACGUUCUCCAGCUGAGAAUUCUGGUGUUAGGACGCAGCAGCGCAACAUCAAUGUCCACAGUGCUUAUCUACAUGUUCUUGGAGAUUCAAUCCAAAGCAUCGGAGUCAUGAUUGGAGGGGCUCUCAUAUGGUACAAACCCGAGUGGAAGAUCAUCGAUCUGAUUUGCACGCUCAUCUUUUCCGUCGUCGUGCUGUUGACUACCAUCAAGAUGCUGAGGAACAUCCUGGAGGUGCUCAUGGAGAGCACCCCGCGAGAGAUAGACGCUAGCAAGCUGGAGAAAGGUCUAUGCGAAUUGGAUGGCGUGGUUGCCAUUCAUGAGCUCCACAUAUGGGCGAUCACGGUGGGGAAGGUCCUCCUUGCCUGCCAUGUCACGAUCACUCCAGACUCAGAUGCCGAUCAUGUGCUCGAUCUGGUGAUAAGAUACAUCAGGAGGGAGUACAACAUCAGUCAUGUGACCAUCCAGAUAGAGCGACAGUAGGCUUCUUCGAUGUGAGUUCAAAUAAUCACUGGUCAUAACUCUUUAAGAAUUCUGUGUACGACGAUACCGUGGUCUCUUAGUCUUCUAAUCUCCAGUUAGUUGUCAGCCUAUGCAUCUCAGUGCUUCAGCUGAUCCUCGCAUUGGCAAAGUGUGGAAGAAGAAGUUGAUCGGCAAUCACGUGAGAUUUGAUGAAUUAUGGCUGGUAGGAUGGGUGGUGUUCAGCCUUGCAUUCUUGUACCUUGUUGCUGAUUCAUGGAUGCAGAUUGUGGUAAUUAUCUGAGCUUUUUCUGCAUUUA